CCCCGCCCCGGAGCCCCAUGGGAAAUGUAGUCCCGCCCCUCCCUCCGGCAAUCACGGCCCCGCGGUCAUGGCUCCCGCGCUCCUCGUCCUCUUCGCCUUCGCGCUGCUCGGCGGCCUCGGCCGGGGCCAGGAUUUCGACCUCUCGGACGCGCUCGACGACCCGAAGAAGCCGACGGCGCCGCCCAAGAAGCUGCAGCCGCCGCCGGGCGGAGACCUGGACCUGAGCGACGCCCUGGGAGGCGGAAACGACCCCGCCCCCCCACCGCCCAGGCCGAGGCCGAAACCGGAUCCGGAUGCCAGGCCCUCGGGAGGCGACUUUUCCAUCAAUGACCUGGAAGAUGCGGCCGGGGGCAAAGGUGGAGGCAAAGGACCCCGGGCUGAGGAGCCUGAGGCGGAAGGCCCCGCCCCCCAGGGCCUGGUCCCAGGCCUCAUCGGCGCCGCUGUGGCCGCCAUCGCCGGCGCCGUCUCCAGCUUCAUUGCCUACCAGAAGAAGAAGCUGUGCUUCCGGGAGCGCGGCUCCGCCCCCGUCUAGGGCCCCCCC